AUGCCUGGCAUUGCGCAAGGACAGUUUUCCAUACUACAAGGCCUCGGCCCAACAUCAUUUAACUGGCAUGGCUCUAUCCCAACCACACGUGCCGACAAUAAUUUUGAGCCCAACUUCCGUCACUUCGAUUUCUUCCUCGAUACCCAAGCGAUGCCUGACGAAGCACUAGCGGAGCGGGUCUAUAAAGUGCCGGAAGGUGAAUCGCAUUGGAAUUUGCGCACUUUCUGGGGACAAAACAUUCGCUGCACUCCUGUAGUCGUCACGAGUCUCGCUGGCGCAGGCUUUAUUAAUUUCUUCUACACUCGAUUUCUUAACCGCACAGCAGCCUCAAUUCGGUGGUCGUUUUGGAAGUGCUACGUUGUAGUAUUUGCAUGGAACAACUUCACUAAGUUUAUCGCACGGGAGCGAUACUACCAGCGAGACUUCCAGCGAAAUCAAUUGUAUUCCUAUGAUGAAAUACGUGACCAACGUGAUAGGCAGCGCGUUCGCGAGGCGCUCUAUGAGAAACAGUUUGUGAACAACCCAGUGGCAGAGUAUCGCAUAAAGGCAUGGCAGGUUGCCGAUAGAUUUGCGUAG